AUGAGUAGCUGUGUAAAUACCAGUCAAACUGGUCCAAAAAAGAAAAUCUCAUUUAUCAUUCGCGAUGAGCACGAGUAUUCAAAUCGUUCGGCUGUCAGUGCUCUGCAAUAUGAUGCACAAAACGGAAGACUGUUCACUGGCGGCAGUGACACUAUAAUCAGAACAUGGUCAGUGCCACACCACAAGGACGCUUUCUCGGCACGUGGCGGAGUUCGUUCGCCAGGAAAGAAUUCUCCAGUUCAGUAUCAAGGAUCAUUAGAACAGCAUACCGAUUGGGUGAACGAUAUGAUUCUUUGUGGACAUGGAAAAAUUCUAAUUUCGGCCUCAAAUGACACAACUGUCAAAGUUUGGAAUAUCGAACGGGACAACAAGCACGGAUUUAUCGAUUGUAUCCGAACUCACAAGGACUACGUUAGUUGCUUGGCCUACGCACCGAUUGUAGAGAAAGCUGUGAGCGCAAGUUUCGAUCACAAUAUUUUCGUGUACGAUAUCAAUGCUAACUUCAAAACUGUAAAUAAUCUAAUUGGCUGCAAGGACAGCAUCUACUCACUCGCCACAACUCCUAAUUUAUCGCUUGUUCUUGGUGCUGGAACGGAAAAGUGCAUUCGCCUUUUCGAUCCAAGAACCAAUGAGAAAAUAAUGAAAUUACGUGGUCACACAGAUAAUGUACGUGCGCUGGUGGUCAAUGAUGAUGGAACACGCGCACUUUCUGCUGGAUCAGAUGCCACAAUUCGACUGUGGGACAUUGGACAACAGAGAUGCAUUGCCACGUGUAUUGCUCAUGAAGAAGGAGUUUGGACUCUUCAAGUUGACUCAUCGUUUACAACGGUUUACAGCGCAGGAAAGGACAAAAUGGUUGUGAAAACUCCGUUAUAUGAUUUCACUAAAAGUCAGCUUCUGUUCAAAGAAGAAGCCCCUGUGAAAAAGUUACUUUUAAGUGAAAAAGAUAAUCCAGUAUCUCUUUGGGUCGGAACCUGGAAGUCUGAUAUCAAGCGCUGGUCCAUCCGCCCAUCAGCCCAACUUUCGAUUGGAGGAGACGAAGAUGGUCCUUCAACUUCAAAUGCAAAUCACUCAGUAUCAGCUUCAUCAUCACCUCCAGUAACAUUCAAGUAUAUCCGAGUGAAGGAUCAAAAAGGACAACAGAGCACACCAGAGCUCGUUAUUCCUGGCGCUCCUGCCAUCAAGAAACAUGCCAUGUUGAGCGACAAACGACACGUUUUGACACGAGACUCGGAUGGAAAUGUGGCGCUAUAUGAUGUUUUAGCAGCAAGAAAGAUAAAAGAUUAUGGAAAGCGAAUAUUUGAAGAAGUUGUCGAUGAGAACUCUAGGCAAGUAUACAUUCCAAGCUGGUUUGUCGUUGAUUCAAAAAGUGGAAUGCUCCAAAUCACUUUGGACGAGCUGGACGCUCUCUCCUCGUGGCUUUCAUCAAAAGACGCAGGUUUUGAUGAUAAUGAUCGAGAGACAAAACUGAAUUACGGUGGAAUGAUGCUACGAUCACUCUUCGAACGAUGGCCACCUUGUAAAAUGACAAAUGUUGAUGCAGCUGAUGCAGAUGAUGUGCAAAAAGCAACACUGAAUUUUAUUUCUCUACCGGAACACACACCGCUUAUUAUUUGCGAAGGAAAUGGUCGUCCGCUCUACCGUCUUCUUGUUGGCGACGCUGGGAAGGAGUUCGAAGCAAAUGAGCUGGCACAAAUUGCACCCAUGUGGGUUAUAGACGCAAUCGAACGAAAUCAGCUGCCGAAAUUCAAUAAAAUGCCAUUUUAUCUUCUUCCACAUCCGUCGACAAAUCCCAAACAGCCUAAAAAAGAUCGUCUGUCAGCAACUGAAAUGCUUCAAGUUAAGAAAGUGAUGGAGCAUGUUUACGAAAAAAUACUCAGCACUAAUGAUGGUAAGGUAUUUAGAAAUAAGAAGAUAUUAAUGGUGUUUGAAGAUAUUACAGUUGGCUCGAUUCCACUAAAUCAAAUUCAUACAAAAAUGGAAAUGUACUGCAAUGAUCAGAGGUUGGAGCCGGAUAUGGAUUUGCGAACAGUCAAGCAUCUCUAUUGGAAGCAAAGUGGAGAGCUUCUUCUACAUUAUAAACCAGUUAAAUAGCUUUAACAUUUAAUUUAAGUUAUUUAUUUGAACAUACUUAUCUAACAUUUGUACUUUAUUGAAAAUUCACUGUCUAACUUCUUUUUUGAUACGGGUAAAACCGACUUUCAAUUAAAUUCCA